GGGUCCCCGGUGUUCCCUGGCGGAGCCUUCUCUGCGCUGAGCGGUAGGAGGCGAGUCUCGAGCUCCCUGACCCGGCAGCGGCUACCGGAGGCUCCCUGGUCCUAGCUCGGCUGCCAAAGCAGCAGGACCUUGUGGCAGCGCUGUUUAUUCGCUUGCUUUCUCCUUGCCACACUCUUGGGCUGCUCCCUAGGAAGUAGGGAUAGGCAGAAGGGAACUGAGCCGCAGCGCUAGGAUGGGAAACAGUGCCCUCCGCGCUCAUGUGGAAACGGCGCAGAAAACUGGAGUCUUUCAGCUUAAAGACCGUGGUCUGACAGAGUUCCCUUCAGAGUUGCAGAAGCUGACAAGCAACCUUAGGACCAUCGAUUUGUCCAACAACAAAAUCGACAGCCUACCGCCUCAGCUAAUAGGAAAGUUCACUCUGCUGAAGAGCCUCUCCCUCAACAACAACAAACUGACUGUUCUACCAGAUGAAUUAUGUAAUCUGAAAAAACUAGAGACUCUAAGUCUAAACAACAAUCUCCUGAGAGAGCUACCAUCUACCUUUGGGCAGCUUUCUGCCCUGAAGACCCUGAGCCUCUCUGGGAACCAGCUGGGAGCACUACCACCCCAACUUUGUAGCCUGCGACAUCUGGAUGUUGUAGAUCUCUCUAAAAACCAGAUUCGGAGUAUACUUGACACAGUAGGGGAGCUGCAGGCCAUCGAACUCAAUCUCAACCAGAACCAGAUAUCUCAGAUCUCAGUGAAGAUAUCCUGCUGCCCUCGUCUGAAAGUCCUCCGCCUGGAGGAGAACUGCCUUGAGCUCAGCAUGCUUCCACAGAGCAUCCUCAAUGACUCCCAAAUCUGCCUGCUUGCUGUGGAAGGCAAUCUCUUUGAGAUAAAGAAACUUAGAGAGCUAGAGGGUUAUGAUAAGUACAUGGAGAGGUUCACAGCCACCAAGAAGAAGUUUGCAUGAUAUUCUCCAGGACCAUGGGAAACUUAAAGGACACUGACUUGGAACCCCUGUUGGAAUCUGGCCACGUUAGAGGCUCCUGGUGUUGGAGAUGCUCCAGAUUAUGUUUCAUUUAAUGGCUUUUUUCCUUUAAAGGACUAUCUCAGAUAAGCUAAAGGAAAAGGAUUUCGGAGACAGGAAGAGCCCUUCAUUUUGAACCAUGGAUAGGGUGAUGGCCAAUGUUGAUCUUUAAAACCAUCAUUAGUUGGGCUAUAAGAAAACCAGUAGGGAGUUGCUAUUCGUGCAGUGAGGGAAUGCUGCUUGGUAACAGAAUGACUCCACAGCACAGCUAGAGAUUUUGUUGAGCUGCAGUGUGUCAGCUUUCAUAAAAUCAGUUACCACAUCACUUCUGUGUUAACACUUCAUAUUUUUAUGAAAUUCUAAUUUGUGGGGAACUUCGAUGGUUAAGAACAUGUGCUUUUGUUCCAUCUGCCAAUUCAAAAGCAGUGCACUUGGAACUUGGGAUGUACAUAAAUAUGUAGCUAUCUUAAAGCAAGCUUUGUCAAGAGGAGCACCAACACAACAGCCACCAAGAAAUGUUCCUCAAGGCUGCAGUAGCAAUUUUUUUUUUUACUAUUGCAGGUGCCUUAUUGGUAGAAGGCUCUGAAGAGCUAAAAGUAUAUGCAAAAAUUGUAAAAAAAAAAUUUUUAGACAAGUUUUUUGCUAUGUAGCCCAGGCUAGCCUCAGACUUAAAAAUUUCCCCACCUCUACCCCCUCAAGUACUGGGAUUAUAGGCAUGCGCCAUACUCAGCCUACUUGUAAGAUUUUAAAUGAAUUUUAAUAAUCAAGAUUUUCCUGAAGAUUUAUUAAAAAUCAUGUGUUAUUUCUGGUAAUUUCUCCCCCUUUUGUAUUUAUGACUACUAAACAAAUUACCUUCAAGAAAACCAUUGCUAUAAUAUUUUAAAAUAACUUAUGUUUAUCAUGGUCAUUCUCUGAAUGAGAGGAUAUACUAAAUAAAAUAUUUUUAGUGAA